AAAAAUAUGAUGUUUUCGCUGGUAAAAAUUGUUCAAUCUGGCAGCUAAAAACCUUCAAGAACUGUUUCAGCUGAUUUCUAAUGAUACAACACUUGCGCAUCUGUUACGAGUUUUGGUGCGAAGUAAAAAAAAAAUUACUGAUCUCUAUAAUGGAAAUGCGCGUAUCAGUAUAGUUCUACAAAAUAAGCAAACACGGCCCAAGGGAAUAAAUACUAAAGAUAUACUGCAACCAAACAUUAUUGGAAUGGAUCAGGCUACAACCCAACAGGUUUUUCAGCCUGAUGAGCACCAGCACAUCCGUUACAACCCCCUGAAAGCUGAAUGGGUGCUUGUUUCUCCGCACCGCUGCAAACGCCCCUGGAGUGGUCAGGUGGAGAAACCUGCUGAGGAGGAGGUGCCGCCUCAUGAUCCCAACAACCCACUCUGUCCUGGCAACACUCGCCCCAAUGGCAAGGUGAACCCCAACUAUGAGUCGACGUACGUGUUUACCAACGACUUUCCGGCGCUGCUGGAGGAGGCGCCGCCCGUGCCCAAAUCCGACAACCCGCUCUUCCAGAGUGCCCCGGCUCUGGGCACCUGCCGGGUCAUGUGCUUCCACCCAAGAUCGGAUAUCACGCUGCCGCUCAUGACCUUGGAUGAGGUCACCAAGGUCGUCGAAAGGUGGAUCGCCGAGUCGAUAGAGCUGGGCCUCAAGUACCGCUGGGUGCAGGUGUUUGAGAACAAGGGCGCCAUCAUGGGGUGCAGCAACCCGCAUCCGCACUGCCAGAUCUGGGCGUCGUCCUUCCUGCCGAACGAGCCGCGUGUGAAGGACCACUACCAGCGGCAGUACCUGGCCAAACACGGCCGGCCGCUGCUGCGCGACUAUCUCGACCAGGAGCUGCAGAAAAAGGAGCGUCUGGUGUGCGAGAACGCGUCGUUCGUGGCGCUGGUGCCCUACUGGGCCGUCUGGCCGUUCGAGCUGCUGGUGCUGCCCCGCCGGCACGUGCUGCGUAUGGCCGACCUCACGGCCGACGAGCAGAGGCUGCUGGCAGACAUCGUGCGCCAGGUCACCACGCGUUACGACAACCUGUUCCGCUGCAACUUCCCCUACUCGAUGGGCUGGCACGGCGCGCCGACUGGCGAGGCCAUGUCGGAGGACUGCCAGCACUGGGUGUUCCACGGCAUCUACCUGCCGCCCCUUCUUCGAUCGGCCGCCGUGAAAAAGUUCAUGGUCGGGUACGAGAUGCUGGCGCAGGCGCAGCGUGACCUGACCCCGGAGCAGGCGGCUCAGCGGCUGCGCGACUGUUCUCCGGUCCACUACAAGCUGGAACAGUAGGUGGGUCCGUGCCGCCGGCUGACUGCAGCACUCCAGUGUGGGUCGAGAAUAGCUGGUUUAGUGAGAGGGUCUCUGCUGACCGGUCUCUGAUGUACUGAGCGCAGUAGCAGUGAGACGGUCGGACUGAGCCUCUGGGUGCUUCGAGCUGAGGAGCGUGGUUCGCGGAACUGGGAGGACGGGAGUCACCUGCGCAGAGCCGGGGUUGGCGGCUCUGGUCCGCGACCCCUCCGGCGGGCACGCGGGCGUCUGGUCGGACAGAGGGGGCCGCGACUCCCGCGCUACCUUCGCGUUGGAUGAUCAGGACGUGGUUGGUAGCAGAUGCAAUCGCAGUACAGGUGGACGUUUUAAUCAGGGUGUGAUCAGGAAAUCGACGCCAGUUUGUCAGGGGAAGUGUCUUAAUUUGCUGUUCCCAUGGAACAGGCAUCAGUUGCCUCCAAUCCAGUAAAUUUCAUUAUUUUUCGCUUGUUUUACUUAAUCACAUCGAGCUAUAUUUAUUUUUGUUUACGUUGCACAUCACCAAAAUUGGUCGUUUGCUCGUCCGUAUUUGUCAGUUACUAUAUAAAUUAUAUUUGCAUGCAUAUAAUUAUAUGCAUUCAGGUGCAUUUGUUUUAAUGAUUUUGUUAAUUUAAAUAAUUAUGCUAAUGUGAUUGAAUUAUGUGGUUAAUUGGUGUUUGAUUUACGAUAUUAGUUUUAUGGAUUUGUGGUCAAUGGUCGUCAAACAAAAUUUAGUCUUAAGACUUCCUUCACCUCGUGUUUAAGGCGGUUGUGAGGCUUGCGAAAUGUUUAUAAAGCGUGCCUGUGAUCAAAAGACUUGCUUGAACGGUUGUGAUCCAUGUCUACCUGUGGUCAAAUUAUGGCUACUAUAUGGCGAUGCGUAUAUUGCGUUCAAUUAUGUCAAAAAGGGGCGUUGGUUACACUGUGCCAGUAUGCUCCAGUUCCUUCACAGGCCAGAAUAUCUCGCGUUUGCUAGAUUUCACGUGUUUGAACUUCGAUAAAAGACUUGAGUUUUGUUUGAACUUCGAUAAAAGACUUGAAUUUUUCGUUUAUAUAAAUGGAACCUAACAGUAUACAGCAUGUAUCAUUUGUUGCUUAUCGGCAUAGAUAUUAUUUCCUGAGAUGUGUGAUACACUAUGCUUGUUUUAUUGACUCAGCAAACAAUGCCAAAACAGUCCUCUAUAAAAAGACCUGUGUUCUAAGUCACGUUAUCGAUUGUCGUUACUGUUUACGGGUAAUGAUGCAUAUUGUGAUCAGAGCGGAUUGUUAAUAUAUGCUUCUGGACAUAAA